AUGGCAUCGAGCAAGUAUUCUGAACACUGUUUCAUUAUUUGUCUUCUUGGUUUAACCAGUGUGACCUAUGUAACACUCGGCGACUCAGGUAUUGCAGGAAAGCACAGGGUUUCGAUGGCGCAAACGUCAGAUCAAGCGCCUUGAGGUCGUGGAUCAAUCAACGCUCUUAUUUAGUUUUUCUUUCAUUUACUUUACGCAUGUUUUAUCACAUAAUAUAAAGUAUACCGUGUAUAAUUUUGCUGUGGUAUAUCAUAUUAUAAUGUAAUCUUUUACUGUUCUAGCUAUUCUCUCCUACUCAAUGCCAGUUGGGCAAACGACCAGGAAUGGCAGAGUGCACUACAAAGACACAUCUUAUAAUGGAGUAAUUAUCAAUGACUUUUACAAAAAUGGCACUGGAAUACUUGUAGAUGGCAAGUUUGGUCCUGGUAACGCAAAAUUAUUAAGAGGCGAAGGAUGGGUGGGAUGGUCUUCCUUUCUUACUCAAUCACAAUAUAUCGACAUCACAUUUGAAUUUUCUGGUGUGCGAAAGUUCACAAAUGUUAUACUAACUGCGAACGUUGACAAGAAACGCGCACGUGAUAAUGCUGUAUUUAAUCAAUCACAGAUAUUCUUUUCUUCAACCCAAGACAGUUUCUCAGACACAUCAUUUCUUCAGUACUGUCCAAGAGAUUUUCAAGGCAAAGAUGAUCCAUACAAUGCAAAUGUAACUUUGUCACUUUGUGAAAAUACAGCAAGAUUUAUAAAGUUGCGGUUAUAUUUUAGUGGACGCUGGUUACUAAUCUCUGAGAUUAGUUUUAAUUCAGGUAUUUUGACUCGCUAGUUGUGUCAAGCCCAUCUUGAGGCUGACAAUGUGAUUCUAUAUUUAUAAGGUAUAAAUAAUUAAGUCAUUGUCAGACUUUAGCCAUUGUACCAUUGACAUUGUCUCGUGUGCAUUCAGGCAAAUCCGGGCAUGUUUUUAGAAAUCUUGUCUGGAUCAAUAAAAGUAAUAUUUUCUAAAGUUUUGAAAUAAACGGAUUUCCAGAUGUAUCCAUGUUUAACAUAUAGGGUUAGCACAAAUCUAGCUUUGAACAUCCGUCUCCGGAAUUGCAACUAGUUGUGAACUGAGUCAAUUUGAAUAUAUAUAUAUUCUAGUAUAGAACUCUAAUAAAUUUUAAAACCCUGUCCUGAUCUGUCUCGGUUAUUCUUUGAUAUUGUUAGUUCCUGCGAGUAAAGAUGAGAAGAAGUUACUUCAGAGUUGUUCAGGCAAAACAUCUCACUCUUGUCCGGUUGUACCAACGACGAUCCCUCAACUGACAAAUACCAAAGCAAAACCUGGAUAUAAUGGCGGUAAGUAGUUAGAGAUAUUGGGUUGAUCUGUAACGACGAUCAGGGGUUGAAAUGACUGAAAUUAACGGGCGCCAGGUCGCCAAUUGCGGCCAGAUUUUUCAUAUGGCUACCAUGCAGAUGUUUGUCGAAGGUAAAAUAUUAAAGUAAUUCUAAGGCCUUAACAUUUCUCAGUUAUCAAAUAUUUCAUUCUGCUUUUGCACAUAAUUUGCCUACAUUUUAAACAACUUUCUUUUAUGUAAUCUGUUUACGCAUUUUUUACUGUAUAAUAUAAAGCACUGGGUAUAAUUUUGGUGUACAGUACUGUUAUAUAAUGCGCUCUUUUUUUAUCAUAUUAAUUAAGGGUAAAGCAGGUUAUCCAUAUAAAACUAUUGUAUAGUUGGGUAAUGGUACGGGAGGAACUAGCCUUGAGGGAGGAACUAGCCUUGUAAUGGACCAUUUGCAUUAUAGACUAAAUUUUGAUCUAGACAAAAAUUUCAUCACAGCUUGAAAGAGCAUCACAAAAUUAGUAAUAAUCCAACGUUUCGUUGCGAAAUGUUGUAAAAUGCGGAUAAUAUGGCCUUGCGAAAUUUGCAAUUUUCAGUCAUUUUGUAUAUUACGAGAGGGAAAUUGAUGCCCCAACACCCGAUUGGGCUGUCAAUUUCCCGUGGGUAAUACAAAAUGACUGAAAAACGGCAAACUUCGCAAGGCUAUAUUAUCCGCAUUUUACAACAUUUCGCAACGAAACUUUGCGAUUACUAAUUUUGCGAUGCUCUUUCAAGCUGUGAUGAAAUUUUUGUCUAGAUCAAAAUUUAGUCUAUAAUGCAAAUGGUCCACUGUAUCAGGGUGGGUUGCACUGCUAUAGUGAAAUUCGAAAAUGGCCGAUUGCUUCGUUCUUUAUAGAAAACGUCUGUCCAGUUGUAGGAGGUCUUUUGAAAAGCUGCGUAUACUGACUCUGUAUUUGGGGGGACUUUCUAUCUUACUAUAUAUAUCCUGAAUUGACGACACAAGAAUAGACCUUUCCCCUGUUUAGUGAAAUUUUGAUCUAGACAAGUCUGGACAAAAAUUUCAUCACAGCUUGAAAGAGCAUCACAAAAUUAGUAAUAAUCCAACGUUUCGUUGCGAAAUGUUGUAAAAUGCGGAUAAUAUAGCCUUGCGAAAUUUGCAAUUUUCAGUCAUUUUGUAUAUUACGAGAGGGAAAUUGAUGCCCCAACACCCGAUUGGGCUGUCAAUUCCCAUGGGUAAUACAAAAUGACUGAAAAACGGCAAACUUCGCAAGGCUAUAUUAUCCGCAUUUUACAACAUUUCGCAACGAAACUUUGCGAUUACUAAUUUUGCGAUGCUCUUUCAAGCUGUGUUGAAAUUUUUGUCUAGAUCAAAAUUUAGUCUAUAAUGCAAAUGGUCCACUGUAUCAGGGUGGGUUGCACUGCUAUAGUGAAAUUCGAAAAUGGCCGAUUGCUUCGUUCUUUAGAAAACGUCUGUCCAGUUGUAGGAGGUCUUUUGAAAAGCUGCGUAUACUGACUCUGUAUUUGGGGGGGACUUUCUAUCUUACUAUAUAUAUCCUGAAUUGACGACACAAGAAUAGACCUUUCCCCUUUUUAGUGAAAUUUUGAUCUAGACAAGUCUGGACAAAAAUUUCAUCACAGCUUGAAAGAACAUCACAAAAUUAGUAAUAUUCCGAAGUUUCGUUGCGAAAUGUUGUAAAAUGCGGAUAAUAUACCGGUAGCCUUGCGAAGUUUGCCGUUUUCAGUCAUUUUACAUUACCAUCUGACAUUUUGCAUCAGUUUGAUCAUCUGAUGCAAAAUGUUAGAUUGUAAUACACAAUGACUGAAAAACGGCAAAUUUCGCAAGGCUAUAUUAUCCGCAUUUUACAACAUUUCGCAACGAAACUUCGGAAUAUUACUAAUUUUGUGAUGCUCUUUCAAGCUGUGAUGAAAUUUUUGUCCAGACUUGUCUAGAUCAAAAUUUCACUUAAAAGGGGAAAGGUCUAUUGGAGUUAAGAUAUUUAAGAUUAUACAUCAACUGAAGCGCGUAUAUAUAAGAAGAGGUUAGAGUAUGUCACAAUCUAUAACGUUCUCUUAUUUUACCAUAAAUGUUAUUGAAGAAUCAACGAAUUCAACUGGAUUGGCCGUGGGUAUUGUCCUAACUCUUGCCAUCGUGUUUACUUUGAAUGCCUUACUUGUAAUUCUCCCAAUAUACAAAAGACGACGCCAGGCUACCAAGUUAUCGACCACAGUAAACACGGUUGAAAUGCAAAAUCAAUCACCAGCAGAAUCAUCGCGAAAUGAUCAGGUAUGUAUUCCUUGACGUAACAUAUUGAAUUGGACAGUUCAAAACUGAAGAAGAGAGCCAUCACCCGUAUCUAUAUCUAGUAAUAUGAUAAAAAAGCCAUAUGUGAGAAAAAUACGCUAGAUUAUAGUUAAGGAAAUAUACACCAUAAAAGUAUAAAUUUGGUAUAUUGUUGAGUUUUUAUGUCAUAUAUGGUAAACAAAAUCAGAAACUUUUUGUUUUUUUUGUCAUGUAUACAGCGCCAGGACGAUAGAGGGGCAGCUGAUGAUGAAAUAGAACCGUACGAAGAAGUCCAAAUCUCGCCACCUUCUGUUUACGCUGAGCUUGACAGAAACGGACAAGACGAAACAACAAAUGAUGGUGCCUACCAGUUGUCAAAACGCGACUCAGAUUAUGACUACGUGAUACCUGCAGAUGGCUCGCCAUCUUCUGUUUACGCUGAGCUUAAUAGAAACCGACAAGACGAAACAACAAAUGAUGGUACCUACCAGAAAUUGUUAAAACGCGACUCAGAUUAUGUAAUACCUGCUCAUACUGAAGCAGAAUCAUCCUACGAAGAGGUUGGGAAGAUAAAAACACCCCCUGGCUACACAGAGCUGGACAACACGAAACGAGUGCAGGAUGAUAGUGCUUGUUACCAAAAAUUGAUAAAGAAAUGACAGGGUGUGUUUGGAUAUGAAUUUUCAUUUAGAAUUUCAACCAAUUAUUACUUCUUAGUAAGAUACUCGUAAGAUGUCAGUUCCAAAUUGCUGUUUCAUCGUUUGUCGCGGCUACCAGUUGAGAUAUUUUGUAAAACACAUUACUACUUUUCAGUAUACUAGCUAGCGUUACGGGAGUAUAUUGUUCUUAAUUUUAAACUGUUGCCACAUAACGGAACAAGAAAGUUAAGAAACGUGUCGUACAUCUUUUAAUUGAAAUUCUUCUUCUCCGAAUACACAAAGAGCUGAAGACAACGAAACGUGACCAUGAAUAUAACGCCUCUUACCAAAACGUGAGGUUUUGAAAUGACAUCACAUACGAAUAUAUCUUACUAUGUAGUCAUGCUGUGAUGUAGUGAAUUAUAGUUGUGACCAGAUAUCCAGAAAGUUAAUAUGAAAUAAAUAAAGCAUUAAUUAUAAAAGAUUAAAGUUGGAAUUGCGGUUAAGAGUUAGACGAGGGUUAGUAUUGGUUGAAAGAUUACUGGGUUAUAUUUACAUGGUUAUAGUAAACAUUUGAACCGACUAGGCCUUCAUGUAAAGAAACUUAGUUUGUACUCGAAACUCGGUGUCGGUGACUUCCGCAACAAAGACAUCCACACAGUCCGACUUAUUUUCUUGCCUUCUUUUCAACAUACGUCUGUAAUUUUAUUAUUUAUAUUGUAUUUAUUGUAUUUUCAUGUUAUUCUAUGUUUAUCUUCAUUGAAUAAAGACUCAA